AGCCGGGCCAUGAAGAGCUGCCGCGACUCCCUCGCGACUUGCCCAAACUUCCUCGCUGCGCUGACCCCGGGGGAUGCCGUGUAGGCGAGAGGAUGAGGAAGAGCCGGGUGCAGCGGAUGGUGCUGGCCACUUGCGUGGGGUCUUUGCUGCUGGUGAUCUUCUACUUCCAGAGCAGCCUCAACCCAGCCGCAGAGGACAGGAUUUUGAAGACCAUCUGGCAUGGGAAGUCUGGCCGAAGUCCACUUCAGGCUCUUUACAAUAGUGACCAGUUUGAGCAGUCCUCCCUGCAGGAAACUCACCAGCACAGGCGGGAACUGCUAAGCAGCAUGUGCAAUCGUUACACCCGCAAGCGGCGCCUCCUGACCCCUGACGACCUGCGCCACCUGGUGGUUGAUGAUGUCCAUGGGCUGCUCUACUGCUAUGUCCCCAAGGUGGCUUGCACUAACUGGAAGCGUGUCAUGAUGGUCUUAACAGGGCAAGGCAAGUACCAGGACCCGCUGGAUAUCCCAGCCAACGAGGCUCACGUCUCAUCCAACUUGCGCGCCCUCUCUGAGUACAGCACUCCCGAGAUCAACCACCGCUUGCGUAACUACCUCAAGUUCAUCUUCGUGCGGGAGCCACUUGAGCGGCUGGUCUCGGCCUACCGCAAUAAGUUCACCCGUAGCUACAACACGGCAUUCCACAAGCGCUACGGGACCAAGAUCAUCCGCCGGCAUCGUCAGAAGCCCAGCAGCGAAGCCCUGGAACGGGGCCACGACGUCCGCUUUGAGGAGUUUGUGUACUACUUGCUGGAUCCACGGACCCAGCACGAGGAGCCUUUCAAUGAGCACUGGGAGCGGGUGCACUCCCUUUGCCACCCCUGCAUCAUCCACUACGAUGUAGUGGGCAAGUAUGAGACGUUGGCCAAGGAUGCCAAUUACAUCCUGCGAUUGGUUGGGGCAGAUGCAGGCGUCAAGUUCCCCUCCUCAUCUAAGACCACCAGGACCAAUGAUGACAUGACGGCUAAGUUCUUCCAGAACAUCAGCCCCUUCUACCAAAGGAGAUUAUUUAAUUUAUAUAAAAUGGAUUACUUGCUCUUCAACUACACCAUCCCUUCUUAUUUACGCACCCGGUGAGCCUGGUGACAAGGGACCUCUCCCCACACCUGCCCCCAUCAUUUUGGGUUUCUAUUGUCCGCUAGAAGACCAUUAAUUCUUCCCCACUAUCUACCCUUGCUGUGAUGGACAAUAUAACACAGUACCAGUUUAACAUUGCAGCCACUGCUCUCUCUUCCCUUUCCCUAUUUCAGUUGAAGGAAUCUACUGUUAUUUAGCUACCCUUCCUCCUCAACCAAAGAGAAUUGUUUCUAGGAAGUACUGGAAUGUUGGCCUUUUGUCAGGAGAUGACAGGAGAAUCAAUCUGGAGCAAUUGGAGAAGCAAUAAAAAAAAGUAUGGAUUCUUAUGUGUGUGUGGUUGUUUUUU